AUGGUAGCAGCUGCCUCCGCUACGGCCACCGCCACUGCCAGCGUGGUGGCCAUGCAGGACCGCCAGGACAUCCCCUCGCAAUUCAAUCAGAUGCAGAGCCAACAUGGAAUACCCCACCAAACGUACAAUGCGGGGUACGGCCAAAGAGGACCAAUGGCAGGAAUGGGGCCAGUCGGGAUGAACAACUUUAAUGGCAUGGGCACGAUGAGUCCUAUGCACACUAUGAAUUCCAUGAAUUCGAUGAACAGUAUGAAUGGCAUGAACUCGAUGAAUCCUAUGACAAUGGGAGCAAUGAACGGUAUGAACGGUAUGAGCGGUAUGAAUGCUAUGAGCGGAAUGACAUCCAUGAACUCCAUGAGUAACAUGGGUAAUGUAGCCAUGAACAACAUGAUGGGACCCAAUAAUAUGCAAAUGAACAAGAUGCAGGCUCAGCCGCAUCAAGGUUAUCCACGGAGAUUAGCGCCUUAUCCGAACCCAGCCAUGCAUAUGGCGCAAAAGCGACAGCAGGUUCCGUAUGCUGCUCAGAAUCCAGCGACUAUGCAGCAGAGUUUCAAUGGCAUGACAACGGCCCCGAGCUAUCCGAAUACCUAUCCUACCGGAGCGAGGCCAAAUUUUCAACAACAGUAUCAGUCUAUGCAAACCAUGAAUCCCACGGCGCCCGGUUUCGGACCUAAUACGAUGAUACGAGGAACGAAUAUGAGGCAAACAGCGCCGACUUACAAUACUCCGUCUCAGACGGCCGCCGCAAACCAAUAUGGUUAUGGUAGUAACGGCGUUCCUGGUGUCUGCAUGGUUCCACCUACCUCGGUUAGUAACCAGUUCGUCGGUCAUCAGCCAAACGCGGGAUACGGUGGCGGUAAUGCGUCAUACGGAACGUCUGCCGUGGUAACCAGUCAGUAUCAACAAGAUGUGGUGUCGAUGAGAUCGACGAAUGGAGGCAACGUGAAUUAUCAGCACAGUCCCAUUCCCGGCAAUCCGACGCCACCGUUGACACCCGCCACUAGCAUGCCACCUUAUAUCAGUCCGAAUCCAGAUAUCAAGCCUAAUUUCAAUGAGAUGAAAUCCCCCGUUAACAUUCAAAAUGAUGAAUUGAGACUAACAUUCCCCGUAAGAGACGGCAUAAUUCUUCCACCUUUCCGCCUAGAGCAUAAUUUGGCUGUUAGCAAUCAUGUAUUUCAACUGAAGUCCACGGUACAUCAAACGCUAGUGUGGCGAUCAGAUUUGGAGCUACAGCUUAAAUGUUUCCACCACGAAGAUAGACAAAUGAACACGAAUUGGCCGGCGAGUGUGCAAGUCUCCGUUAAUGCAACUCCCCUCGUGAUCGACCGCGGAGAUAACAAAGCUUCCCAUAAGCCUCUUUACUUGAAGGACGUCUGUCAAGCAGGAAGGAACACAAUACAGAUUACCGUAUCAGCAUGCUGUUGUUCGCAUCUAUUCGUACUUCAAUUGGUUCACCGACCUAGUGUGCGAAGUGUACUUCAUGGAUUACUACGUAAGAGGCUGUUGACAGCAGAGCACUGUAUAACGAAAAUCAAAAGAAACUUCAGUAAUACCAUGUCAAAUAAUAGCAUGCAAUCGGAAAAAGAUGUAGUGGAACAAACAGCACUAAAGGUACUCUUAAAAUGUCCUAUUACCCACAAACGCAUUACACUGCCAGCUAGAGGACAUGAGUGCAAACAUAUACAGUGUUUCGAUUUGGAAUCAUAUUUGCAAAUGAAUUGCGAACGAGGUAACUGGAGAUGUCCAGUAUGUUCAAAAUCUGCACAGCUGGAAGGUCUAGAGGUUGAUCAGUAUAUGUGGGGUAUUUUGAAUACAUUAAAUACCACAGAAGUUGAUGAAGUGACGAUAGACUCACUCGCUAACUGGAAACCUGCGAAGAAUUUAACUGGUAUUAAAUCCGAAGAAGAAAACGAUUGUAAGAGAACAACCAAGGCCAUGUCGCCAGGCAGUAUGAAUAUGCCAACUAUGAACAAUUGGGAUAUGAAUCAAGCUAUGAGUCCUUAUAUACCACCCGAUAUGAAUAGUAUUGUGAGCGGUUCGAUGAUGAACAACACAUCUUCCACGUAUCCGAAUAAUAGCAUAAAUCAUCGAAACACGUCCGGUGGAACCUACGAAAUAAAUUCUGGGACGAAUACUAUCGGCAAUAAUGAUUAUGUCAGUGGAACGGGUCCGCUUUCGCACUUAAACGAAUCCGUUAAUUCUUUAGAUCCUCUCAAUGCCAUGGAGAAAUCACUGAAUGAUCAGAUGCCUCAUACUCCUCAUACGCCACACACUCCGCAAUCUACUCCUCAUACACCGGCUGGUGGUGCCAGUGGGCCACCGAGCGUUCCGCCCGCGUCGCAAGAAUCCACAGGAAACCACAACACCUCCGGUAAUACGAGUACAACCAUAAAUAACGAUACCGCUGCAGACAUACCGUCGGACUUAAAUUUCGAUCCCGCUGCAGUUAUAGAUGGAGAAGGUACCGGUCAAGAGGCGUUAAAUCUUUUGCCAGACAAUGUGGAUGCAAUGGAACUUCUGUCGUAUCUCGAUCCACCGGACCUAAAUACUCCACCUAGUAGCGGAGCUAGCAGUGGUAAUCCUUCCUCUAACGACGAUAUAUUGGCACUCUUUGAAUAAGAAAAAAAUAAGAUAAAAGGCGAGUGACUCUCUGAUUCGUAAAGAUGUAAUCAAAUUGUGACCCUUCCACUUUGUAAUGAAGUGAUAAACGAGAAAACAUCUUGCUGCAAACGUUCUUGUGACUACAGUAUAUUUUCGUGCAAAUUUCUUAGAAUCCUGUGGAAUGAACGAAAUUGAACAAGACAUUCAAUUUUUAUCCCUGAUAAGAGAAUAAAUUCGGAAAUUUACUGUAUAUGAACGCUUGCGGUACAAGAUAUUAAAUUUUAUUGGGGUCAACUGUGGGUGCUCUCACCUAAUCAAUGGUACAAAUAAUCUUAAUUAUAAUUAUAAUAUUCCUAUUAAAAUUAGAAUUAAAAGGCUAGGAUUAAAAAAUGAUUUUUAACGAUAAUACGGCAAACACCAUAUUAUUUGUAAAGACGUUAUUGCAUGGACAGCAUUAUCGAUAUUGUAUAUAUUAUUGAAAGAUAUGUUUUUGAGAAUCUGAGAAGACAGAGAAAAAGAGCGUGUUAAACGAUACAUUAGGCAAAUAUUCCAGAAACGAUUUUAAAAGAGCGUAAUUAUAUGUUUAAAAUAAAUGAUAUUGUAAUAGAUAUUCAACUGUUAUAAAUGAUGUAUUAGAGUCAA